AGAAUUAAUCACUCUCCCUUACUCCGUCGUUGCAAUUUCAUUCCAUCCGUGUGCGCGGUGCGUAUAUCAUCUUUGCCUCCUCUGUCCGACGACCAAUUGGAAAAUUACCACCCUCCGGCGAUUCUUCGAUCUGUGGAACGAUUCAACGACACCUUCACCCCUCACUAGGCCACACAUAAAUCACUCACAGCUUUUUCCGCCCGCCGUCUUGAACUUCGCCGUUCCUUGCAUCGACAGAGCGAUAACAGCGCCCUCGCCACGCACCAGGGACUAUUUUCCCGCCUACGCCAGGACAACCACCCCGCGCAAGGCACCGCAUGGGUUCCCUCGAGCCCAUCCGGCCAGAGCCCGCAUCAGAUGUCAUCACGGUGCUAGUAACAGGCUUCGGCGCCUUCCAAGACCGCUACCCCAUCAACCCCUCCUACGAAAUCACGCGCGCACUCCCCAGCCUGCUGCCCCGCGCCGCCGCCUCGGGCCAACGCAUCCGCAUCAUCGCCUACGCAGCCCCAAUCCGCGUCUCCUACGCCGAGGUGCGCAGCCUCGUGCCCAUCCUGCACAACACGCUGCGCGGCGUCGUGGACCUCGUGCUGCACAUUGGCAUGGCGUCGGGGCGCAAGCACUACACUGCGGAAGUGUUUGCGCAUCGCGACGGGUACGGGAAGAACCGGGAUGUGGAUGGCGAGGUGCUGAGGGCGGAGGAUGGGGCGGUGCGGUUCGCGGAUUGUCCGGAAGUUAUGACUUCGGGUUUGGAUUGCGAGGAUGUGCUGAGGAGGUGGAGGGGGAAUGUGGGGUUGUUGCCUGCGGAGGCGCUGGCGGCCAAGGCGGAUUGUCAGUUGAGUGAGGAUGCGGGGCAUUACUUGUGUGACUUUACUUAUUUUAAUAGUUUGGCAUGGUAUGGGAGGCGGAGUGGGAAGGUGGAUGGUGGGAAGGCGUCGGAUCGGCCGGUGAUGUUUUUGCACGUGCCGGCCGAGAGCGAUGCGGAGACGCUGGAGACGGGGCAUCAUGUUGCGGUUGCGCUGAUUGAGGCCAUGGUCGAUUCAUGGUGCCUGUCGGAGAAGCGAGGCUCCGCGACGAGUCGAGUGGUGGCAUAGGAUAUACGAUGGAUAUGUAGGCAUAUGAUGUGAGCGCCAU